AUGUCCAACCUAUCACUGGCAAGUCACAAACGGAUACUCACGCGGUAUACUAACCAAUUGCAAAAAGUUCUAACCCGAUUCAAAGACGCGCAGUUAGAAGAAAUCUGCAUUCAAAACGUGCAAGAUGAGAUAGCGCCUACCGUUAUUCACACAUGCCUACAGCAGUUAGAGGAAGGAGUUGCAGCGUUAGAAAACAUGACGACAAAGAUUCAACACGCACUAGAUGAACUCGCUACCAUGUUCGAAAAGACACACCCAACGUUGCCGAAUAUUGAAGAAGAGUUCACACAGUACUCGAGUACUGCCGAAGAAGCUAUUGGCAAUACUUUCGUAUACCUUGUACUCCUUCAUGCUCGGAUCCAUGGCUUCAACGCUCACGCUGAGCUUCUCAAUACAUCCCACAAACACUCCACUACGAACAGUGGCAAAGAUGAAUCCGCCGUUACUGCAGUCGUAAAAAAUCUAGAGCUACCCAUAAUCCCUGUCCCAACAUUCAAUGGCGACAUAUGGAACUGGGACAACUUUUGGGAGCUUUUCAACUUAAAUGUACAGUUACAAAAUCUCUCCGAGCUACAAAAAUUCAACUACCUGCUUAGUUCCUUAAAGGGUGAACCUCUACAAUUGAUGAAGAAGUUCCAACUCACUCGGCAAAACUACGCAAAAGCCAUAGAAUUCCUUACUAAUAAGUACGGCAAUUCUAAAAAACUCAUCCGUCAGCUCCUCAAAAAGAUGGACAAAAUAUUCCUCAACUCAUCGUCCAAACAAGAGCAACGCAGACUAUUGGAAGACAUUAUAGGCCAAUUAGUGCAAAAAGGUGAAAAUGUCGACAAUCAGUCCAUGUAUCAAAAGGUUCUUUCGAAAUUUCCGGUCGGGAUCCAACGUAAAGUUCUUCACAAAAAAUCACUUCUCCCGACGAACCCUUUACCAUGCAACAGCUUCUAA